AUGAAGUUGUUGCUGAUUUUACUGUUUACAUCGUAUGUUAGGGCAGAAGAUCCUGUAUUUCAUUCGAAUAUUGGCAAGUUUUAUGGUAAAUUAUUGGAAUUCGAGGAUGGAAGCAAAGUAGACGCCUUUUAUGGAGUGCCAUUUGCUAAAGCACCCAUUGGGGAAUUGAGGUUUGAGGUGAGGAAAGUGGUAUUAUAUCUAGCUAUGUAACAAUAACUGUUGACAUUAGAUUCAAGUAUCUUUUUUGAAGACUUGUGAAUUAUAACAUAGCUUAAACUUAUAAUAACAUAAGAUAAAUUAGUCUUUUUGACAUGGUAGUGAAGUUUACUACGUAACUAGGACAUAUUCAGAAACCAGAAGACGCUGAAUACGUCGAAGAACGAGAUGCCAAGGCACUGGCCCCAAUCUGCCCCCAGCCUGACUAUGGCUGGGGAAUGGACAAAAACGAAGAUUGCUUAUACGUCAACAUAUUCAGACCUCAUGCAAAGGUAUGUUCUUUUAUUUGCGGGACUACUGUGCCCCUGGAGGUAUGGCCUGGUUUGGCCCGCAGGUCCACAUGUGCUGGCCCGGUCUUUUUCAAAUUUCCUUUGGCCCAACCCAGCUUGGAGCUGGGCUACGUCUUGUGAGCUUCCUUUCAGGUCUAUCUGUAAAAUACUGUAACUUUCUAUCCCUUUGUAACGUACUGUAACUCGGUAACAUACUGUAACAUGAUUACUACUUCAGCCCAAACAAAACUACCCAAUCUUGUUUUUCAUUCACGGUGGAGCCUUUCAAGGUGGAUCUUCAUUUGAAGUUACUACAAAUCAUACAGCUGAACAUUUCUCUGCUAUGCAUCAAGUUACUACGGUAUUUCCUCAAUACCGUCUUGGUAUCUUUGGUAGGUUUUACUGCUAAAUGGUUUUCUUAACAGUUGAUAAGCGAGACUAUUGUAACUUUUUAUGAUCUUACGUUGAUAUAAACUCUCAGUUCUUUAUGUUGUUAGAAUAGAUUUUGUGUCCAAUUUUUCAACGUUUAAACAUACGAUUUUACUCUAGGCUUUGGCUCGACCAACUCAGCCGACUUCCCAGGAAACUACGGUCUUUGGGAUCUUCAGAAGGCGCUACAGUUUGUUCACAAGAAUGGAGAUGAACUUUACGGUAAUGUGAAUCAGAUUACUGUGGGCGGUUACAGUGCUGGUGCUGCAGCGACAGGCGCUUUGACUUAUAGUGAACAUACGAGAGACAUGUUCAAGCAGUCAAUUCAAUUUAGCGGCUCCAUCUUCGCUGAAUGGGCCUUAAGUGAGCGUAGCGUCGUGUACACGCAGAAGGUCAUUGACCUAUUACAAUGUAAUGUAAAGAAUGUGAAACAAUGUUUGAAGAGCAAGAGUACAGAAGACCUUAAGACGGCGAGUAUUCGUGCCGUAAGUUGGUGCUUGAAAGGGUGAUAUAUAGUGUAGUAGAGUUUAUUAGGUUGUUCAUCUUUGUUCACAUGAUUUUCAGCUCCCUUCACAGUAAAUUUUCGUGGUUAAGGGGCUCAGAAUUAUUUGAACAAGCUAAUAAAAGGUCGAUAAAUUGCAAAUCUUAUCAAUAAUAUCGAAAAACUAACGAAAAAGGUUUUAAAAACCAACAUACCAACGGUUAUAGCACGACGCUACUGGAGACAUUAACAGCUUCGACUACACUCCUCGUUUGGAUGGUGAUUUCUUUACUACUGAUGUUCCAGAUCUUGUCGCAAAAGCACCUCCAAAGCCUUCGUUGAUGUCAUUGACUGAGCAUGAAGGAUUAUUCUUCAGUAAGUUUAUAUUUGAAAAUUUGAAAAAAGGUUUAUGUUGUUCAUGAUAUUCAUAUAUCUCUCUCCAUAAACACUUGGCAAUACAUAACUUAUGUUUUCGUUUUGGGACCUAAUCUGAACACUGAUGAAAACAAUUUUUAAAAAUUUUAAUUAAAACUUCUGAUAUUAACUAUUGGGUUGUUCAAAUAAUUCGGUGCCUUUUUUCAAAGCAAAGUUUUGGCGUUGAAGAGCUCAGAAUUAUUUGAACAAUCAACUAUAAUAUCCAAGGUAGCUCUAAAGAACGAUCUUUAGGGGCACAGGAUUAUUUGAACAUUUUAAUAUCUGUAAAUAAAUUGGACAGUUUUUAAAAAUUUAUUAUAAAUUUUGAAAAAUUUUAGCUCUCUAUUUCCCACGCCACAUCGAGAUCUUCCAUCAUUCCUUGAAUGACACUGAAAGAGAAGACUACGAUCGAGAAGACUUUCUACAGUUUGCUUCUGAAGUCAUCGUACCUCGAAAGUUGUUCAACGACAAACAUGAUGAAAUUGUGGAUAAGAUUGCCAAAUUCUAUUUGAGUGAUGAGGAAAAGGCCAAGGAUAAUCCACAUUAUUAUAUUGAUGCUAGGGGCAAGGUAAGGCAGUUACUACUAUAAUAUCAUAUUCGGAAGUUAGUCUUCGUAUUCAAAGGGUUACGGUUUAGGACCUGGAUAGGAGGUAGGGCUAUGACUAGGGCUAAAGCUAUGGUUAGAAAUUAUAUACUGUUUUUACUAUAGUACAUUUCCAGUUACUCGGCGACGUCAUGUUUAACAUCCCUCAACUGAUGGAGCUAGAGAAACGUCGUGAGAAUGGUUGGCAGUUGUACCAUCUACUAAGCACUCAUAACGAUUACUUUGAAGCAAAAGCUCCACACGUUGAGAUACUUACUAGUACUCACACUUUCGAGUUCUACUACCUAUUUGGUCAUGGAUAUCUGGGUCAUCAUGAGUUUACAGAGGAAGAUUACAUCUACAAGAAGUUGCUACUGGACGCUGUGAUUAACUUUAUCAAAACUGGGUAAGGAGUUGUAAAAUACGUCCUAGUGCAUCGGUAUUCAAUAUACACUUACUUUUAUGCACUUGAUGGUUAAAGACAUAUAUAUAUGUUCUAUGUAUUAUAUAAUAUUAACCAUACCUUCAGCUCACCAAAAAGCGAUGAAAAUCCAAAUUUUGUUCAAAUUGAUGCCCAAAAUCCGUUGACUUAUACUGAAUUAUCAACACGUGCUACAGUGAAGAAGCCAUUGUUCGAAGAAGAAAUGCGAUUCUGGAAAGAACUUUUAGAAUCAUACGAAUUCGAUGUUAUUCGAGGGAUUCACAAGGAGACAAAGAAGAUACGAAACGAGUUGUAA